CAAAAGGCAGCAGCUCAGUGCGGGCGCCGGGAGCGCAGAGCAGCGUGUUCACCCACCGGACCAGGGACGGAGGCCAUGGCAGCCAGCACGUCCCUACCUGACCCUGGUGACUUUGACCGCAAUGUGCCCCGGAUCUGUGGGGUGUGUGGGGACCGAGCCACGGGCUUCCACUUCAAUGCGAUGACCUGCGAAGGCUGCAAAGGCUUCUUCAGGCGCAGCAUGAAGCGGAAGGCUCUGUUCACCUGCCCCUUCAGUGGAGACUGUCGCAUCACCAAAGACAACAGGCGCCACUGCCAGGCCUGCCGGCUCAAACGCUGUGUGGAAAUCGGCAUGAUGAAGGAGUUCAUCCUGACGGAUGAGGAGGUGCAGCGCAAGCGAGAGAUGAUCCUGAAGCGGAAGGAGGAGGAGGCUCUGAAGGACAGUCUGCGACCCAAGUUGUCUGAAGAGCAACAGCUCAUCAUCGCCACCCUGCUGGAUGCCCACCACAAGACCUACGACCCCACCUACGCCGACUUCAGCUACUUCCGGCCUCCAAUCCGACUUCCUGGAGAGAACCAUUGUCUGUCGCGCUCAACCAGCUUCUCCGGGGUUUCGUCCUCCUCCUCUGGCUCUGAUAUCUACACCGCCUCUCUAGACAUGGUGGAGCCUUCUGGCUUCUCUGACCUGGACUUGAACGUAGAAGAGGACUUAGACAGCUCUUCGGUAAACCUAGACCUGUCCCAGCUCUCCAUGCUGCCGCAUCUAGCUGACCUGGUCAGUUACAGCAUCCAGAAGGUCAUCGGCUUUGCCAAGAUGAUCCCGGGAUUCAGGAUAGACAACAUGUGCUGGGACUGCGGCAACCAAGACUACAAGUACCAUGUCACUGAUGUGGCCAAAGCUGGACACUCGCUGGAGCUGAUCGAGCCUCUCAUCAAGUUCCAGAUAGGGCUGAAGAAGCUGAACUUGCAUGAGGAGGAGCACGUCCUGCUCAUGGCCAUCUGCAUCGUCUCCCCAGACCGCCCCGGGGUGCGGGACGCCAAGAUGGUCGAGGCCAUCCAGGACCACCUGUCCAACACGCUGCAGACCUACAUCCGCUGCCGCCACCCGCCGCCGGGCAGCCACCAGCUGUAUGCCAAGAUGAUCCAGAAGCUGGCCGACCUGAGGAGCCUCAACGAGGAGCACUCCAAGCAGUACCGCAGCCUCUCCUUCCAGCCCGGGAGCAGCAUGAAGCUCACGCCCCUCGUGCUCGAGGUGUUCGGCAACGAGAUCUCCUAAGCAGCGUGGUCUGUGUGGC